GAAAAGGAGCUUUACAAGGUCCCUCGUUAUUUACUCGUGCGAGAGUCUGUUUUCUUCCAGGACAUGUUUUCGCUGCCCAAAGCGCAGGAAAGUAGUGCCGAGGGUCUCUCUCGCGAAUACCCCAUUCACCUUCCCGGCACCACGAAGGCUGAGAUGGUAGCGCUAGUGGAGUGCCUACACUGCAUGCGCGAUGAAUCUACCCUCGACCUACCACCUGAAUUCUGGGUUAACCUUCUCUCAAUCUCCUCGCGCUUGCUCUUUGACUGCUUCCGGACCCAUGCUGUCAAAGAACUAACAAGCCUAUCCUCCCGCUUUAAUCCUAUUGAAAGAGUACGCCUCGCGCUUCAACACGAUAUAGACGCAUGGCUCGAGCCAGCGUAUAGAUCCAUUAUACUUGACAAGACACCUCUUUCCUUCGCAGACGCUGGCAAACUCCCGUGGGAGAUAGCAGCUCUACUCUUCCGUUCUCGAGAAAUCUUUCACUCACAGAAAGGACCGUCCUCGACCGGCGUCGCCCCCAUCGCUGGACAUGGAUUUACGACCACUACCGCACCGCCAUUUCAUUUCUCGACCACUUCAGGGGGCGGUUCGUGCUUUGGACUUCCAGAGGACCAACUCAGAAAGGAACUCGCUCCCAAGCGUAGUGCACAAUCCAUCCUCGCGGAGCAACUUGUCCUUCUUCAGAAGUAUCGAGAGGAAGUGAGGACCCAGCACGCCCAAGGGCGAGAGUAA